AGCCCUGCUCCCUCGCCUUCCCCUGGCCCGGGUCCGGGCCCCGGCGCCUCGGAGAGGGUGGCACUCAAGAAAGAGAUCGGGCUGCUGAGCGCCUGCACCAUCAUCAUCGGGAACAUCAUUGGCUCGGGCAUCUUCAUCUCGCCCAAAGGUGUCCUGGAGCACUCAGGCUCCGUGGGUCUGGCCCUCUUCGUCUGGGUCCUGGGUGGGGGCGUGACGGCUCUGGGCUCCCUCUGCUAUGCAGAGCUGGGAGUUGCCAUCCCCAAGUCCGGCGGGGACUACGCCUACGUCACAGAGAUCUUCGGGGGCCUGGCUGGAUUUCUACUGCUCUGGAGUGCUGUGCUCAUCAUGUACCCCACCAGCCUGGCCGUCAUCUCCAUGACCUUCUCCAACUAUGUGCUGCAGCCUGUGUUUCCCAACUGCAUCCCCCCGGCCACAGCCUCCCGUGUGCUCUCCAUGGCCUGCCUGAUGCUCCUGACAUGGGUCAACAGCUCCAGUGUGCGCUGGGCCACUCGCAUCCAGGACAUCUUCACGGGCGGGAAGCUGCUGGCCCUGUCAGUCAUCAUCGGCGUCGGCUUUGUUCAGAUCUUCCAAGGACACUUUGAGCAGCUGAGACCCAGCAAUGCCUUUGCCUUCUGGAUGACACCUUCUGUGGGUCACCUGGCCCUGGCCUUCCUCCAGGGCUCCUUUGCCUUCAGUGGCUGGAACUUCCUCAACUAUGUCACUGAGGAGCUGGUGGACCCUCGAAAGAACCUACCUCGUGCCAUCUUCAUCUCUAUCCCUCUCGUGACCUUUGUGUACACAUUCACCAAUGUCGCCUACUUCACAGCCAUGUCCCCACACGAGCUGCUGGCCUCCAACGCAGUGGCUGUGACCUUCGGGGAGAAGCUGCUGGGCUACUUUUCGUGGGUCAUGCCUGUCUCCGUGGCACUUUCCACUUUUGGAGGGAUCAAUGGCUACCUGUUCACCUCCUCCAGGCUGUGCUUCUCUGGAGCCCGAGAGGGGCACCUUCCCAGCCUGCUGGCCAUGAUCCAUGUCAGACACUGCACCCCUAUCCCCGCCCUCCUCGUCUGUUGCGGGGCCACGGUGGUCAUCAUGCUUGUGGGAGACACAUAUACACUCAUCAACUACGUGUCCUUCAUCAACUACCUCUGCUACGGCAUCACCAUCCUGGGCCUGCUGGUACUGCGCUGGAGGCGGCCAGCGCUCCACAGACCCGUCAAGGUGAACCUCCUCAUCCCUUUGGCGUACUUGGUGUUUUGGGCAUUCCUGCUGGUCUUCAGCUUCAUCUCGGAGCCCAUGGUCUGUGGGGUCGGCAUCAUCAUCAUCCUGACAGGGGUGCCCAUUUUCUUCCUGGGAGUGUUCUGGAGAAGCAAACCAAAGUGUGUGCACAGACUCACAGAGUCCAUGACAAGCUGGGGCCAGAAGCUGUGUUUCGUCGUUUAUCCUCAGGGCUCUCCCGAGGAGGAAGAAAAUGGCCCCUGCCAGCCCUCCCCACUGCCCGCCGUGGACAAGCCCUUGAAGUCACAAUGAGACAUUUGUAGACAUCGAAGCAGCUGUUUUGUUUACAUGUUGUUUAUUGAGGAGGUGUUUUGCAAAAACUUUUUUUCUGGAAAAAAAAA